UUUCUCCCGGGGGGCCGCGUCAUGCUCCCUUAAGCUCGUAGACGUUGCAGAGGGAGCGGGGAAGCGUGCUGACUGACAGCCCGUCCCGUCGCUGGCUCCAAUUCGGCGACGAGCUCGCGAAUCUGCGAGUCUCCCAUUUCUCGCGGCUCGACGACGACGACGACUUCGAGAGGGAUCGAGGGAUCGAGGGAUCGAGAGCGAGGGAGGGAGGGAGAUUUUGCUUGCGAGUGCAAAGGCGGGCCGGGAGGAAGAGUGCGAGGGUGGGGUGAGGUGAGCCUGUCGGGUCCGAGGCCAGGGAGGGAGGGAGCUUCAGAAAAAGGCGCGGCAGUGCUGUUAAUUCGGCCCGCUGCCGAAUAUUAUGCGGCGAUUGUCGAGGGGACGGGGAGCGAGUCAAUCGGUUCUUUGCUCGGGAGAGGAAAGGUGGCGUGGGACCGGCUGAUUGCACGCAAUCGUCUCGUCUGCUGAGCGCAUACAUUCGUGGGAGAUGCAGUUUGGACUCAGCAGCAGCAGCAGAACACGGCCCAGGAGUGGAGCUUAAGUGCGUUCGAUUGGCAGCAUCGGGCUGUAUCCCGGUUGUGGCCUCUGGCCUUGGGCUCUGUUGCUUCAUUCGGAAGAUGAGCGCAAUCUUUCGGCUGUCGAAAAUGGCCGUGAGAUUGCUGGACUCCGAGUCAGACUACCGAUAAUUUGCUGGCUUUUGCUCAGGAUUUUGAAGGUGAUAGACUUGGGGCAUUUGGCUGCACUGGCCAUUUCGCAGCGAGGCUGGUUGCAGCAGGGACUGGCUUGGAAAUGUUCAUGAGGGACUAGCGUCAGCGUCUGUCAGAUUUGAGUCUGACCGACCCACCGACGUUGGCAGCAGAAAUGAGUGGGAGAGGAGGAAAUUUUAUCAGCUAUUCUGGGAUUUUGCUAGAAAUCGGCUCCAGAUUAGUUUUGAGAAUUGGAUUGUAAGUGUGUCUUCCCGGAUUUGGUUUCAUGUGACCUUGUGGUCUGUGAAAUCUUGAAAGCGAGACGACGACCGAGAGAAGCAGUCUCGUAAAUUUUUCCUAGUCUGGAGAGCUGAGAUGUAGACUGUUCGUGAAGCGCUCACAAAGGGCACUUUGCAAGAAUUUACGCAACAUUACGGAAUUCAUGAGAUGACAAGUCUUCGAUAGUAGUUGGACUUGUAGCUGGAAUUUUGGAUUGCAAUAUCCGACGCUAAUGCUGAAUGGACUGGUGCAAAUUUUUGAAAUUUGGAGAGGACAAUGUUCGACACUGGGGGGAAAGAAGUGGCCUGAAGGAGUUUGUUCUGGAUCGAAGACCUCGAAUGGGAUCGACUGCUCGAAGGAUAAAAAAUUCGGAAGUUGCUGUUAACGAAGCUGUGAAACGGUGCGUGGAGUGAUCAAAAUUUGUGUCCCCGACUAUCUUCACAAUGUUUUGGACCAUUACUUUUUCCUUUGAUUACAGUCAACGUGUUACAGGAAUACCUUUGCAUUAUUGCUGAAGUAUUAUUUCUCGAGAAUGUAAUCUCUGAUAAUUGUACAGCUAUGGGAGACAUGAGAGAAGUCCGAUCUGUGUAUGAGUGUUGGGCUCGCAAAGGGGUAUUCCGAGUGUGCACCGGUGGUGUCUUUUUCCUGCUGCUUAUCGUUGCACUUCUGCCGACAACAACGGGAGCCACUGGAGUUGACAAGCGCAUAUGGGGUGCUGGUGCUAGCAAGUUAUCAGGUCUUAUCAUACCCGGCUUUGCUUCGACUCGCCUGCGAGCAUGGGCGAUGCUCGAUUGUCCCUAUUCCCCCCUGGACUUCAGUCCUCUGGAUCCUGUCUGGAUCGAUGUUAGAAAGGUUCUGUCCGUAUUGAAUUGUUGGCUCAAAUGUAUGAUGUUAGAUCCAGAAACUCAAGAAGAUCACCCAGAGUGCAAGUCACGACCGGAUACAGGCCUUUCUGCUAUAACAGAACUGGAUCCGGGAUAUAUUACAGGUCCAGCAUCAUCAGUCUGGAGAGAAUGGGUGAACUGGUGUGUAGAGUUUGGAAUAGAGGCGGAUGCGAUCGUGGCAGUGCCAUAUGACUGGCGAUUAUCAGGUCCCAUGUUAGAGAAAAGAGACUUGUACUUCCACAAGCUGAAGAUAGCCUUCGAAACGGCACGGAAGUUGAAGGGAGGCCCUUCAAUAGUUUUUGCUCAUUCCUUAGGCAACAAUGUAUUUCGAUACUUUCUGGAGUGGUUGAAAAUGGAGGUUGCCCCUAAGUCUUACAUCCGUUGGCUCGACGAUCACGUCCAUUCCUACUUUGCUGUUGGAGCACCUCUGUUGGGAGCAGCAGAAACAUUGAAGGGAUUACUGACAGGAUUAACCUUUGGACUGCCAAUCGCUGAGGGGACCGCUAGACAGAUGGGCAACAGCUUUGGAUCGAGUCUUUGGAUGUUGCCAAUUUCCCCACAUUGUCAUGCGGAUCCGAAGCGUUGCCAAAAGUUUCUAAACGGAGAGAGUCCAAAGCAUUAUGUGUGUGAUGCUGAGCAACAAUCAUCCAACCAUUCUGGCUGGCCCGUCGAUGUUGUGACGAUUGAAACGCCUGCUCCACCUUCAGGCGUUCCUGGAAUAUCCAGUGCAUAUCCUGAAGUGCCAGUGCAAGAAGAAUCUGCUACUGCCGUUGUACAAUGUGGUGUUUCUUCACAGAAAUCUUACUCAGCUCAAGAAUUAGCAGAUGGGACAUUCUUACGUGAAAUUAGCGAACUCGACCCUACUUUAAACGUAACCCUCCAUCACCUUUACAAAUACUACUUGGAAGACCCAGUUCUGAAUCCACUUACCCCGUGGGAGAGACCACCCAUAAAAAAUGUGUACUGUAUGUACGGCAUUGAUCUGAAGACAGAGGUCUCUUACACUUUUGCACCGACUGCGAAGCCUUACCCUGAGAACUGGCAAAUUACUGACAUCGUGUAUGAAACUGAAGGGGGAGCCAUGUCCACAAGAUCUGGAGCGAAGGUGGAAGGAACCUAUAGACAGGCAAGCGGAGAUUUGACGGUACCUUACCAUUCACUGUCAUAUUGCAAGAAUUGGCUUGGUCCUCGAGUCAAUAUCUCUCGAACACCCCAGAGAGCGCACGAUGGUCUUGAUGUGCAGGAAGAGUUUGAGGUCGAGCAUGAGAAGGGCCAGGACAUCUCUUUCAACAUGAACAGAGAUGGACGUGUCAAGUACAUAACCUUUUUUGAAGAUGGCACCAGUCGUCCAGGGAAAAAGACAGCAGUGUGGGAGCUUGAUAAAGUGGACCAUCGCAACAUUUUGCGCUCACCAGUGUUCUUGCGAGAACUAUGGCUCGAGACUGUACACAGUUAUCAUCCAUACGCUAAAAAAUCCUUCGUAUCCAAAGCCAAACGGGAGCCUUUAAGAGAUGAGGACUGCUAUUGGGAUUAUGGUAGAGCUCGGUGUGGGUUUCCAGAACGAUGCGAAUACAGAUAUGUUUUUGGUGACGUGCACUUGGGACAGAGCUGCCGAUUAAGAGCCUCCACUGAUGACGAUCGCAUCACAACUUACUUGUGAUCAGUAUUGGUGUGGUGGAUUCUACAGACGUAGCGACAUGGAAUUAUUCUUAAACUGAAACAAUCAAUUUUGAUGUAAUCAGGUAAUUUGGAACUGUACAGAUGUGGGUUUUAGUCGUAGGGGAAGUCUCAAAAUUAUCACAGGCGUUGACAAUAUUUACAAAUCAACCUCAGCGUUCUGACCUUUAACUCUUACUCCUGCGUUGCACGGCAAGGAGAUGGUUGUCCCAGCUUUCAGCGCUUUCAUAUGUACUCUACAUUUUCAUCGAAAUAUCAAAAGUAAAACAGAUUUCAGUUU